AUGGCGGAACCACAGCCAUCGAAUGUCAAGGAAGGCAGUGACCAGCCUGAUGUCCUACCCGCCAAUGCGGAAGACCGCAAAGCCGCGCAAGCUAUGUCAUCACUAGAUGUACGAGGUGACGACGACGGUAAUGCGCCGAAGAAGGAAGCCGAUCUGAAGGCUUUAGGAGAAGCUUUAAAGAGUCUGGACGUGAACCAGGCGCAGCAGAAGCGUACGGAGAUCGCCAAGAAGGAGGAAGCACCUAAGAAGGUGAUCAAGGUCGACCCAACAGACGUAUCCCUACUGGCUGAACAGCUUGAUCUCUCGAAGACCAAAGCUACAGACCUGCUACGAGCUCAUGAUGCGGACGUGGUGAAGGCUCUAACGGCCUGGGUGUGGUCAAAGAGUAGGCUCUGCGUUAACGAUGACCAAUAUCAAGAUCGAUCACAUUUUGGCGGAGGCCCGCCGUGUUUCCAAGGCAAAUUUUCUGGCGCUAUGCCCACAAAUUUACAACUGAAAAAGCAGAAAGAUGCUUUCCCGCCGAGACGUCAGUAA